AUGAAUUUCGGCGCUCCUGCUGCGGUGCCGCCGUUUCUUGACCGACCUGGCAAGCCACCGAUACCAUGGACUCAAUGGAGACGUAUCUUCGAAAACUACAUACUUGCCAUCGAUGCCGUAUCCUAUACCCCAGAACGACUGAAAGCUGUGCUACUUCACUCUUUGGGAACAGAAGGUCAACGGAUCUUCUAUACGCUGCCAGCUGCUGACGUACCUACCACACAAACGAUCGAACGAGCAUCGUCCACAGGCACGACCAAUGUUUAUGUGCAAGCGCUAGCUACGCUUGAAAAGAGGUAUGCCGAAAGUUUCAACGUGAUAGUGGAACGUCGUAAGUUCCGACAACGAGCACAACUCCCCGAUGAAACCGUCGAGGACUACGUUACAGCUCUUCGAGGACUCGCCAUUACUUGUAAUUACGGGACGAUGCUUGAUGAAACUCUGCGUGACCAACUUGUCGAUAAAGCUGUAUUGCCGCAGGUACGGGAACGUUUACUACUAGAGGGCUCAGCACUUACUCUGGACAGAGCGGUUCUGCUAGCGGGUCAUGUAGAACAGAGUCGGAGAGCAGCUCAACAGCAGCUUCAUGAGGAAUCCGCAACAGUUGGACGACUUUCCUACAAUAGAAGGAAGAACUCAAACAAACCCCGGGACAAGCUAAAAACAAAGAAAUCAGCUGUCUGCUAUCGCUGUGGCUCAACGCGCCAUUUGGCUAACUCGCCAAACUGUAUAGCACGGGAUAAGGAAUGCUUCAAAUGCAAGAAAGUAGGUCACUUCGGAGCCAUGUGCAAAGGUUCAAGCAAACAGCACCAUGGUACUACUCGUGAAGUAGUAACAGAUACCUCAGAGGACGAAGCCAGUUCUCCGAAUACUGCAAGUGCUAUGCUUCUCGAGGUGCAUACGACCAAGGAAAAGGCCAUCUACGUUUCAGUGGAAGCUGCAGGCAAGAAUGUCAAGUUCUUAAUUGAUACAGGAUCGUCUGUUUCCCUACUAUCCUGGGACGUCUACCAGUCUACCUUCUCGAGAGAGUUUUCACUUCGACCAGCUUCGAUUCAGCUUCAUGAUUAUUCAAGAAAGCAGAUACCAGUGCGAGGGUGCGUUGUCAUCCCUGUCAAGUACAAGACGCAGAGCGCUUCACUUCUAUUUUACGUAGUGCAGCAAGGUACUACACUCUUAGGACUUGAUGCAGUCGCAGCACUGGAUUUACACAUUGACGGAGCGCAAAUGCGAUGCCUAGAGACAACGGUCACGACGUCUGAUUGCGAGCACAUUGCGAAGUGCGAAUUUCCGCAACUGUUUGCUCCAGGACUGGGCGUUGCUAAAGGUUACGCACACAAAGUGAAACUGAGACCAGAAGUGGAGCCCACUGUAGCUAAACUUCGAAGACUACCGCUAGAGGUAAGGAGCGAUGUCUCCAAGGAACUGAAGAAACUCCUGGACAUGGAUAUGAUAGAACCCAUUGAUGCGUCACCAUGGGUAUCGCCCAUUGUCGUCGCUAAGAAAAAGGACGGUCGUAUUCGACUUUGUGUGGACCUACGAGGACCGAACAGAGCUGUCAUACCAGAUUGCUAUCCUCUACCACACAUAGAGGAACUUGUUAACAGACUCGCCGGUGCGAAAGUCUUCUCCAAACUAGACCUAACUGCGGCAUACCACCAGCUACCGCUAGCAGAAGAAAGCCGUGAUAUCACUGCUUUUAUCACGCACGAUGGAUUGUUCCGUUACAAACGGGUAUGUUUUGGCCUGGCGUCAGCACCCUCUGCCUUCCAGAAGCUCCUCGCUAAUGUGCUCAAAGACUGUAGUGGAGUACUACACUACCUUGAUGACAUCAUCGUUCAUGGAAAAAGUGAAGAGGAGCGUGCCAGGAAUUUACGCCAAGUUUUGAGAUGUCUUUCGGACGCAGGUCUACGGCUAAACGAGAAAUGCAUGUUCGGUGUCAGGGAACUCACCUUUGUGGGUCAUACAGUCGCGGAAGGAAAAGUUAUGCCGCUAGAAGAAAACGUAAAGGCCAUUCUGGAAGCUCCAGCACCCACCGACUUUCGCACAUUGAGGUUAUUCCUGGGCAUGACUGGACAUUAUGCGAAAUUUAUAAAGAAUUAUGCGGACGAAGUGGAACCGCUACGUCAUUUGCUCCGAGGCGAAAAAGACUUUCAGUGGAGCACAAACGCUCAAUUAUGUUUUGAGAGGCUCAAAAGACUCAUGUCCACAUGCUCAGCGUUGAGCAUGUUCGACCCGACACUUCCAGUUACUGUAACGACUGAUGCGUCUGGCUACGGCCUCGGCGCAGUACUGCGCCAAUGGGAGGGUAACUGUUUUCGAACCGUGUCUUUCGCAUCCAGAACUCUAGCCGCCCAAGAAAGAAAGUACUCCGCUGGAGAAAGGGAGGCUCUGGCAUGUGUUUGGGCAAUAGAGCACUGGCACGUGUACCUCUGGGGUCGUCCUUUUAAUCUGGAAACAGAUCAUCAGGCGUUGCGAACUCUGUUGGGCACCCAAGGAGCCGGACAUCGACCGCUUAGAAUUUCUGGGUGGUUAACGCGACUACUUAAUUACAAUUUCGCCGUCGUGUACAAGAAAGGAACAGAGAACCAGGUUGCAGAUGCACUGUCACGACUACCCAUUCCCAGUACUGAGGAGGGAAUUCCUGAAGACGACACUGUCUGCCUAAUUACAGAACGCAUCUCGAAAGACGAACUACAGAGAGCCACUGCUGCUGACCCGGUAUUACAGGAUAUAAUGCGCUACCUAAGUACACAGUGGCCAACGAAACGGACCCUCCCAGACAAAUUAGCACCGUUUUUCAACCUUCGAGCGGAACUGUCUCAAGUCGAUGAACUUUUGCUGCGUGGAGAAAGGAUUGUUGUCCCUUCCACGCUGAUCCCGAAGGUAAUUGCCCUGGCACAUGAGGCGCAUGGCGGCAUGGUGCGUACCAAGCAACGGCUUCGUCAGCUGUACUGGUGGCCUGCAAUCGACAGCAGCGUCGAGGCUGCCAUUCGCGAAUGUGCCGUGUGUCAAACGGCUGACAAGUCGGCAAAGACAGUAUCAGCCCCACUUACCCCGGUACCGCUCCCAAACGCACCGUGGGAAAAGCUCGGAAUGGACAUAAUGGGUCCUUACGAGGAAGCACCACACGACUGUCGGUACAUGAUUACACUGAUAGAUUACUACAGUCGGUGGCCUGAAGUUUGUUUUUCAAGUGCGGUCACCAGCACGACCGUCAUCAAGUUCCUUCGACAGGUUUUCAGCCGGGAAGGCUACCCCUCCCAAAUCAUUACGGACAACGGACCUCAGUUCGUCUCACAAGAAUUCGAAAGUUUCCUUCAAGGAUGUGGAAUUCGACACACUUGUUCCUCUGUGUACCACCCGCAAGGCAACGGGAUGGUCGAGCGGUUCAACCAAGUGUUGAAGAAUUUCAUACAAAUAUCACGCUUGGAGCAACGUUCAAUCAAGGAAGCUGUUUUAGAGUACUUACUGGUGUACCGAGCCACACCUCAUCGAUCGACUGGGCUAGCACCGGCUUACUUGCUUCAUCGAAGGAACAUUCGCACAAAACUCGACAUAGUUGGUUUCCCAACAACAAGAUUUUUCGAAGAUCCAGCUCACGAGAUGGAACAGCUACGUCGGAAGGUUGAGGAAAAACAGAAGGACACAAAAACAUACGUUGACAGCAAAAGAGGGGCGCAGCCAAGGGAUUUUAAACCAGGAGAUUUCGUACGUGUGAAACUCCCUCGUCACCAACGGAAAGGGCGACCUAGGUUUUCUGAGCCCAAGAAGAUCAUCGAGAAAAGAGGGCCGAACUCCUCCUUGUUGGAUGAUAAGAAAAUUUGGAACGCAAGCAGGUUUUCCAAAGUACAUAAGGACGUGGCACCAAAGUUACUACAAUCAAGGAGUCCCGAAACGGAAUCGACGCCUGUCGCCUUGUACUGGGAGCCGGAGAGCUCCACCAGAGAAGACCUCGUCGUCCAGGCUGGGGCACAGCCACGAUCUGGCACCCUCUCACUCUACGUGUUAGGAUUUGUGAAGGAUCAGCUGCGCGGACGUUACGAGACAACGCAGGUCAUCCAAAAAGCAGUGAACGGAUUUCUACCGCAGGAAAAAUCUGAGCUCUGGGACAACCGUGCAAGUUCUCACCGGGACCCCAGUUCCACCGGGGACCCGCAGUGUGAUCACAGCGAGUUUCCGGCCUCCACCUGCUUCAUGAUGGCCCUCCCCGGCACUUCUCUGGUGACAACCAGCAUUCGCGCCCUCGUACCGGUCGCGGCACUGUCGCCCACUAAGCAACGCACUCAUUCAGCAACAAUCAACGCUCGGCAGCAAUCACUUAACGCACUCAGCGCACUCAACAAGGGCUCAACGUACUCAGCACACACUCAAGCAUCCAAGCAGUCCAGCUCUCAUCACUGGAACCCGCCCGGAUUGCAUCGCUCUUGUUUCCACCAUCCCGCUGCUGCUGCAUCAACUGCCACAAUCACAAGCCGUGUGUCCAGUCGUCAAUCACCCACGAGUCGUCCUCAUCCCCCUCUUCAUGCUAUCGACGCGGACCUCAACCGCAUGUGA